CCCUGGUUUUUCUGCAUUCAAAGAGGGCUUAUUUAACCUAAUCUCUCUCCUGCUUUUAGCUCAGCUUCCACGAAGGCCAAAGGAUCACCGGAGACCGCAAUAAAUAUUUGUUCAAAGUGUGAACGAGCGAGGGAAGGGGGAGUGUUUUGAAAGUCCAUUCUCAGCCUCCCUGCCAACCACACCCCAGCAGGCACUCCCCUCCCGGGUAAAGGAUAAAGGCUCUCGCCAUCAGGGGCGGUAGGGAGAGAGCCAGCCCUUGGUUGCAGUGGCCUGUUGCUCAGAAGGGUUAUAGUAGGGAGCCAUGCCUAGGUACACGGUGCACGUGCGUGGGGAAUGGCUGGCCGUGCCCUGCCGGGACGGGAAGCUCACUGUCGGCUGGCUGGGCCGCGAGGCCGUGCGACGCUACAUGAAGAACAAACCGGACAACGGUGGCUUCACCUCAGUGGAUGAGGUGCAUUUCCUUGUGCGCCGGUGCAAAGGCCUGGGCCUGCUGGACAACGAGGACCUGCUGGAGGUAGCCUUGGAGGACAAUGAGUUCGUCGAAGUGGUCAUUGAAGGCGAUGUAAUGUCUCCUGACUUCAUUCCCUCACAGCCUGAAGGAGUUUUCCUAUACAGCAAAUACAGGGAGCCUGAAAAGUACAUUGAUAUAGAUGGGGACAAUCUGAGCACAGAGGACCUGGUCAGCUUGGGAAAGGGACAUUACAAGAUAAAGCUCACUCCGAUUGCCAAGAAGAAAGUGGAGCAAUCCAGGGAAGUCAUAGACCGCAUCAUAGAAGAAAAGACAGUUGUUUACGGCAUCACCACAGGUUUUGGGAAAUUCGCCAGAACUGUCAUCCCCAUCGAUAAGCUGCAGGAGCUUCAGGUCAACUUAGUUCGCUCCCAUUCUUCAGGUGUUGGAAAGCCGCUCAGUCCUGAGAGGUGUCGGAUGCUCUUGGCUUUGAGGAUCAAUGUUUUAGCCAAAGGAUACAGCGGGAUUUCCUUGGAGACCCUGCAACGAGUUAUUGAAAUAUUUAAUGCCUCCUGCCUAUCCUACGUUCCAGAGAAAGGAACCGUGGGUGCCAGUGGAGACCUUGCUCCACUCUCUCAUCUUGCUCUGGGACUCAUUGGAGAAGGAAAGAUGUGGUCCCCAAAGAGUGGCUGGGCUGAUGCUAAAUACGUCCUAGAAGCUCACGGGUUGAAACCUGUUGUUCUGAAACCAAAAGAGGGCCUGGCACUCAUCAACGGGACGCAGAUGAUCACUUCCCUGGGCUGUGAAGCUGUGGAGCGAGCCAUUGCCAUUGCCCGGCAGGCUGACAUUGUGGCUGCCUUGACCCUUGAGGUGCUGAAGGGCACCACCAAAGCCUUUGAUACCGACAUUCACGCUGUCCGCCCUCACCGAGGACAGAUUGAAGUUGCUUUUCGGUUCCGGUCACUCUUGGACUCAGAUCACCACCCAUCAGAAAUCGCAGAGAGCCACAGGUUCUGUGAUCGUGUUCAGGAUGCAUACACCUUACGCUGCUGUCCCCAGGUCCACGGUGUGGUGAACGAUACCAUAGCAUUUGUGAAGGACAUCAUUACUACAGAACUGAACAGUGCCACAGACAAUCCCAUGGUCUUUGCCAGCCGAGGAGAGACAAUCUCAGGAGGAAAUUUCCAUGGUGAAUACCCAGCCAAGGCCCUGGACUAUUUGGCUAUUGGCGUCCAUGAACUUGCGGCAAUUAGUGAAAGAAGAAUUGAAAGGUUGUGCAAUCCGUCCCUCAGUGAGCUGCCUGCCUUCCUGGUGUCUGAAGGAGGUCUGAACUCUGGAUUCAUGAUAGCCCACUGCACUGCAGCAGCCCUGGUUUCUGAGAGCAAGGCUCUGUGCCACCCUUCCUCCGUGGACUCUCUCUCCACCAGUGCUGCCACGGAGGACCACGUCUCCAUGGGAGGAUGGGCAGCCAGGAAGGCCCUCAGGGUUGUCGAGCAUGUGGAACAAGUGCUGGCCAUUGAGCUUCUUGCGGCCUGCCAGGGCAUAGAGUUUCUACGUCCCCUGAAAACCACCACUCCACUGGAGAAGGUCUACGACCUCGUGCGCUCUGUAGUGAGGUAAGGCCAACAGGUCGUCCACGGUGGGUGUCUGCGGACGAGGGGCUGUGGUGGCUCACGGCUCUGUUUCCUCUGUAGGCCCUGGAUAAAAGAUCGCUUCAUGGCCCCGGACAUCGAGGCGGCCCACAGGCUGCUGCUUGAGCAAAAGGUCUGGGAAGUGGCCGCACCGUACAUCGAGAAAUACAGAACGGAGCACAUCCCAGAGUCCAGACCGCUGUCCCCAACAGCGUUUUCACUAGAGUCUCUGCGAAAGAAUUCAGCCACAAUUCCAGAGUCAGAGGAUCUUUAAUUGGCUUCCUCCUCACGGCUGGGCAACUCAGAGGCACCUGGGCCGUGUUGAAGGAGAGGCCCAGGAACCGCCCGUGACGUGCAGA